AUGGUGGUGCAGGAGGUGCAGCAGCAGCAACAGCAGGAGGAGGAGGAGGAGGAGGAGGAGGAGGAGGAGGAGGAGGAGGAGGAGGAGGAGGAGGAGGAGGAGGAGGAGGAGGAGGAGGAGGAGGAGCAGGAGGAGGAGCAGCAGCAGGAGGAGGAGCAGCCGCCAGAGAAGGCACGGGGGAGGGAGAGGAUAAGAGAGAGGACGUGGGAGAGGAGGAGAGGGAGGAGGGAGGAGGGAGGAGGAACGGUGGGAGCGAAGGGAAUGGAGCUUAGCAGAGAGGAUGUGAGAGAGAAGGGAGAGGAGGGGAGAGAUCACGGGAGAGAGGAGGGCAGAGAGGAGGGGAGAGAAGAGGGGAGAGAAGAGGGAAGAGAGGAGAGGAGAGUGGAAAAGGGAGAGGAGGGGAGAGAAGAGGGGAGAGAAGAGGGAAGAGAGGAGAGGAGAGUGGAAAAGGGAGAGGAGGGGAGAGAGAAGAAUGAGGAGGAGAUAGGUCUGGAAGGUGGUGCAAUGUUAGAGGAGGGGGGUGAUAUGGGGGGACGAGAGGGAGGCGGAAGGCAUAUACAUGUGGAAGGUGGGAAAGAUGAGGAAGUUGGGAAAGAUGUGGAAGUUGGGAAAGAUGAGGAAGUUGGGAAAGAUGAGGAAGUUGGGAAAGAUGUGGAAGUUGGGAAAGAUGUGGAAGUUGGGAAAGAUGUGGAAGUUGGGAAAGAUGUGGAAGUUGGGAAAGAUGUGAGGAUGUGGGUGGACGGUGCAGCAAUCACAGAGGAAGGGUGUGAUAUGAGGGGGAGAGGGGUAGGAGGAAGGCGUAUGCAUAUGGAAGGUGGGAAUGGUGUGGAAGGUGGAAAAUAUGAAGACAAUGGGAAAGAUAGGAUGGAUGUGUGUGUGAGAGGGGGCGGUGGUGGGUACAUAGAAGUGCACCAUCCACUGCCAGUGUUGGCUGUGCACGUGUGGGCGGAUAACAACCCCUCUAACGGCCCUUCCUGGGUGCUUGGCUGUUCUCAGGACGGCUCAGUUGCCCUCUGGGAUGUGCAUCGUCGUGUGCUGCUGACUGCAUGGCACAGCCUCGCACACUCCAUUCUCGGCCUGCACGUCUGCCCUCUCCCCUCCGCUCCUGCUGUUGUUGGCUCUGCUGCUGCUGGCUCUGCUGCUGCUGCUCGUGCUGAAAACGCUGAAGGGUUUGGGAAGAAAGCAGAGAAGGAAGGGAUCAGGGGGAUAGAGGGGCUGGAGCUGCUGCUGUUGCUGGAAACAGGGGAAAGGGCGGAGAGCGUGCAAAACGAUGUAAAUGAGCAACAAAACAUGAUGCCUGAAGAAGAGUGCAAGAUCACAGUAUCAAAAGAGAACGUGGGAGACAAUCAGCAGGAGGUGGUGGUGCGGGCGCGACAGCUACAGCCACGGACAAGCGCACACGAGCUGGCGUUUCUGAGUGCCAAGGCGAUGGUGGUGGGGAGGAGCAUAGCGGACAGGCGCACACAGGCUGGCGUUCCUCAGUGCCAAGGCGAUGGUGGUGGGGCGGAGCAUAGCGGAGAGGUGAACAAAGACACACCAGUCCUCUUACCUCUCUCCUCCCCUCUAGUCCACUUGAGGCACUCCACUCCUUCACCCCCCCCAUCAUACCCCUCAUCCGUUUCCCACCCUCCAUCCAUUUCCCACACCCCAUCCUUUGUUCUCCUCUCCCCUCCCCUCUCUCCUCCUGUAUCCCAUCCUUUGUUCUCCUCUCCCCUCCCCUCUCUCCUCCUGUAUCCCAUCCUUUGUUCUCCUCUCCCCUCCCCUCUCUCCUCCUGUAUCCCUUCCAUUGCUCUCCUCUCCCCUCCCCUCUCUCCUCCUGUAUCCCUUCCAUUGCUCUCCUCUCCCCUCCCCUCUCUCCUCCUGUAUCCCUUCCAUUGCUCUCCUCUCCCCUCCCCUUUCUCUUCCUAUAUUCCUUCCAGUGCUCUCCUCUCUCCCCUCCCUACUCUCCCUUAUUCCGUCCUCGGCAUUCCACUCAUAUGCAUCUUGUAG